CGCGCCGGGCCUACGUGACACGCCAUGAAGCGGCCAUGGCGACGGACGGGGGCUGUGCCCCCCAACCCUGCCCCGCCCUGUCCGGUCAGGAGCCGCGAGUAAGGCAAGUGUUAGACACAGGGCUGGCUGAGUGAGCUCGGCCGUGGCCUCCGCGAGCCCAGGGGUCUGCGGGCCCCGUGAUCGCCGGACCACGCACACUGGAACGGCCUCGGCUUGGUCUCGGGACACUCCUCGCGUUCACCCACUACCUGGUGAACGCAGCUUAGCCGCCGCCGCAGGACCCGCGAGAAGCGGAAACCAGUGCAAGGACCCGGGCCGCGCGGCGCAGUGCGUGGAUGAGGCUGCGCUCCGCCCCGCGCACUCCAAUUGGCUCUGGGGCCUGGCCCGCCCCUUCCAGACACUAUCAUUGGCCUAGACGAACCCGGGGAUUUGGGGGGGGGGCACGCUGCCUCCUAUUGGUCCAGGGGCGCGGCCUGUCCUCUCCCCGUGCUCUGAUUGGCCGAGAGCUGCCGUUGGGGUGAGGACGCGCCGGGGGAGGACAACAAAGGGCCGCGGGCGGCUGGUAACGGUGUCCACCUCUCCCGGUGCUUUCCUCAGUCUGAGGCGCUCGGCCUGCCGCCCGCCGCCCGCCGCCCGCCGCCCGCCGCGCUCCAGAUGAAGUGUGAGCACUGCACGCGCAAGGAAUGUAGUAAGAAAACAAAAACUGAUGACCAAGAGAAUCUGUCAGCUGAUGCACCGAGUUCAGCCCAGGAAAAUGGAGAGAAGGGAGAAUUCCACAAGUUGGCUGAUGCCAAGAUAUUUUUGAGUGACUGCCUGGCAUGUGACAGCUGUGUGACUGCAGAGGAAGGAGUCCAACUUUCCCAGCAAAAUGCCAAGGACUUCUUCCGUGUUCUAAACCUUAAUAAGAAAUGUGAUACCUCAAAGCAUAAAGUGCUGGUAGUGUCUGUGUGUCCUCAGUCUUUGCCUUAUUUUGCUGCUAAAUUCAACCUCAGUGUAACUGAGGCAUCCAGAAGACUCUGUGGUUUCCUCAAAAGUCUUGGGGUGCACUAUGUAUUUGAUACGACAAUAGCCACGGAUUUUAGCAUCCUGGAGAGUCAAAAAGAAUUCGUGCGUCGCUAUCGCCAGCACAGUGAGGAGGAGCGCACCCUGCCCAUGCUGACCUCUGCCUGUCCUGGCUGGGUCCGAUACGCGGAGCGGGUGCUGGGUCGUCCCAUCACUGCCCACCUCUGCACUGCCAAGUCCCCCCAGCAGAUCAUGGGCUCUUUGGUGAAGGAUUAUUUCGCCAGACAGCAGAACCUGUCUCCAGAGAAGAUUUUCCACAUCAUCGUGGCCCCUUGCUAUGACAAGAAGCUGGAGGCUCUUCAGGAAGGCGCUCUCCCCGCUUUGCAUGGCUCCCGGGGCACUGACUGCGUGUUAACAUCAGGUGAAAUUGCUCAAAUAAUGGAGCAAGGUGACCUCUCAGUGAAAGAUGCCACCAUCGACACUCUGUUUGGAGAUUUGAAAGAGGACAAGGUGACGCGCCAUGAUGGAGCCAGCUCGGAUGGGCACCUGGCACACAUCUUCAGACAUGCGGCCAAGGAGCUGUUCAACGAGGAUGUGGAGGAGGUCACCUACCGAGCCCUCAGAAACAAAGACUUCCAAGAGGUCACCCUUGAGAAGAACGGGGAGGUGGUCUUACGCUUUGCUGCGGCCUAUGGCUUUCGAAACAUCCAGAACAUGAUCCUAAAGCUGAAGAAGGGCAAGUUCCCAUACCACUUUGUGGAGGUCCUUGCCUGUGCUGGAGGAUGCUUAAAUGGCAGAGGCCAAGCCCAGACCCCAGAAGGACAGGCAGAUAAGGCCCUGCUUCGGCAGAUGGAAGGUAUUUAUGCUGACAUCCCUGUGCGGCGCCCAGGGUCCAGUGCACACAUGCAGGAGCUGUACCAGGAGUGGCUGGAGGGGAUCAACUCCCCCAAGGCCCAGGAGGUGCUGCACACCACAUACCAGAGCCAGGAGCAUCGUGCACACAGCCUGGACAUCAAGUGGUGAAGUCAGGCCAAGGCCUUCCAGCCGCUCUUGGGGCUGGGGCUGCUCUGAGGGAGGGGCUGCCCUGAGUGGAGUAUUAAAGACACUUAAGUAAACCGUUCAA